UUUCUGUUUGUUUUAUUUGGAAACAGAUUCUUUUUACUCUGUCAUUUAAAUUGUUAAUUCUCCAAAUUGAAACCAACCAGUUCACCUUGAACUUAUAAUAAGAUUAACAUAUUUGGCAGUUAUUUUGUUAGUUUUGCAGUCUCAUCUGUUAUAAAUAAAGCAUCAACAUAGAAACAGCGUUUUACUAGGUAUCAACUUGUCGUCGAUAUCACACAUCUUUAAAUAUGAAACUGAUAGUACUCAUAUGUUUAGUUGCUGCAGUAGCAGCAGCUCCGCCUUCUAGAGUUAACUAUGAUAACAAUAACGUACAAAUUCUUUCCUAUGAAAACGAUAACAUUGGUUUAAAUAGAUACAAAUAUGGCUUCUCACAGUCAGAUGGAACGAAACAGGAGCAACAGGGUGAAUUUAGAAGCGACGGUGUUUAUGUCGUGAAAGGUUUUUAUUCGUGGGUCGGUCCCAACGGUUACCUGUAUACCGUCAAAUACAUUUCUGAUGAAAAUGGCUAUCAACCAGAAAUGGAAGAGGCCCCCGGUUAUGAUUCUGGUCUCAUUGCUACCGCUCUCGGCUAACUUCCACGAAAAUGACAUUGUUUAACCCAAAACCGAUUAAAUUGUUGAUACUUA